AUGGAUCAGAAUUCACAGCAAAAUGAUCUCCUUAUUGCCACCAUCCUGAAGCUUCAGGAGACCCAGUCGCAGCUUGUCGCUACGGUUGAGGCUCUAUCUAAUCGUGUGAACGUGGCAUUCCCUGACACUGCCUCGCCCCCAUUUCCAGCAACUCUCGUAGCCAGAUCAGUGAAGAGUGAAGACGGAGACGCGCAAGGCGCUAUCCCAGUAUCUUCUAUCGAAUCUGUUUCUCGGGACGUUGAAGAUGAUAGUGGCAAGACUCAGCGAUCAUCGGAGGCUGCGUCUCCCGCCCAGAAAUCCGCAUUCACGUCUCGUAUUGUCCUCACAACAUAUCCCAAGCAGAUUGGUAUCAGCCCUCUUCCCAUGGACUGGGGCAAUCCCGAUCCUUUGAAGAGAGGCCCCGUCGUUGUUUCAAGACUGGCAAAUACUAUUCGUAAACGCAACGUGUUUAGCGGAGGUUCAUAUUCUACUUACUAUGCCCUAGCGGUGGCCAGUAAAGAAUUAAACAUCGACCAUAGGCCGGAUUUCACCAACACGGAGCCCGCCGUCAACCUUGGACCGUUCCCUCAGUGGGGCGACCGAGACAAGAUCGUGGCCAUGGAUCCAUAUGGACAUAUGGCGCCAUGGUUAUUCAAGGACAUCAUUGGAAAGGAUGACGUUGACAUCCGUCCAACCAUUGCCAUCACCAAAGCCCACAUGAAACUACCAGAGCUCGAGGAGAGUGUGAGGAAAGGCCGACUGGUCCCGGAUGGGAAAAUAUGUUUGAACGAUCUCGGCGAACUUGCAGUUACCAAGUUCGCUGUUGAGCCUGUUUGGUAUCUUCCCGGUGUUGCUGAGAGAUUCGGCAUUGAUGAGGGGACUCUCCGCCGCUCACUCUUCGAGCAUACUGGUGGCAGCUAUCCUGAGCUCAUUACACGAGGCGAUUUAAAGCUCUUCCUCCCUCCAAUCGGUGGUCUCACUGUUUACUGCUUCGGCGAUCCAGCAAAGAUGUCAGACGCAAACGUGCGGCUCUCUCUGAGAGUUCAUGACGAGUGCAACGGAAGUGACGUCUUUGGUUCCGACAUUUGUACUUGUCGCCCGUACCUCAUUUUCGGCAUCGAGGAGGCCGUCAAGGAGGCGCAGAAUGGAGGCAGCGGUGUCGUCAUUUACUUCAGAAAGGAAGGCAGGGCGCUGGGAGAGGUGACCAAGGUACUCGUGUACAAUGCGCGAAAGCGAGGAGCCGAUCGAGCAUCGGAUUACUUCAAGCGGACGGAAAACAUUGCUGGAGUCAAAGACAUGCGAUUCCAAGCGCUGAUGCCAGAUAUUCUUCACUGGCUAGGCAUAAGCAAGAUCGAUCGCAUGCUCAGCAUGAGCAACAUGAAACAUGAUGCCAUCGUAGGCCAAGGAAUUCCCAUUCACGAGAGAGUGGAGUUGCCGGACGAGCUUAUACCCGCAGAUUCGCGUGUAGAAAUCGACGCCAAGAUUACAGCAGGUUAUUUCACCGCCGGAAAACGCCUCACAACAGACGAGUUGGAGGCAGUCCAAGGCAGGAUUUGGGAAGAGUAA